AGUUUGGAAAUUAGACAACUAGGCCUAUCAGUUUUUUGGUGCACUGGCUUUUGGAAAGGAGUGUCUCCGUGAAGAACUAGUCUAGUGGCAGUGAAGUACUGUUAAUAAUCGCUUUUAUGUUUAGUGUAGGCCUAUGUAAUGAGCCUAAAGCAAACCUACACUUGGCACGUCUGCAUCACGUACAUGAAUGGGAGACGGAAUGGUUGUUAAGGCUGGCCUAUAGGAUACAUUCACUGUUUGAUACAAGGUGUCUACGAUGGAGCGCAUCGCCCCAGCGAGUCUUACUAAUGAUGGCGGCGGCGGCGGCGGUAGUGGUGGUGAAAUUAUGCCGGAGGAGCGAUGUGGAGAUUCAGAAAAGACCUCCUGGGCACAGUGUGAGCUAGCAGCCUCUGCAGGCCCGCUCUGCUCUCCCAGCCUGGGACACACACCUGUCCCUAGGAUCCUAUGGGAGGAGCACCAGAAUGAAGCCGAUUUUGAUGGUGGCUGUGAGGUGGAGGGCAGUGAUGAAGAGGAAGGUCUGAAUGAACUGCAAAGGAGAAUGAAGAGGGAGUUUCACAUGGCCAUGAAUACUAACAAAGGCUGUGCUAUAAUGGAGAGAAACAGAAGGAGAAGGAUCACAUCGAGCUGCAGUAAACUGCGCAACUUGCUUCCCAAAAUCCCCGGAAGCCGAGCUGACAUGGUGACGGUUCUGGAGAUGACCAUCGCCUACCUGGAAACCGUCCAGGAGUUGGUCUGCUCUGGAUGUCCGCUAGGGGUCAACCCACAGGUCAAUGCUAAUACACAUAUCCUGUGUCCGCCAGAGAAAGUGCAGCGUGGAUGGAUGAUGGAAUCGAUGCUGCGCCGUCCACAGGGUAAAGCUCGCGCUGGUCACUCUGGUCAACAGGAGUCUAUAUCCACUACCAGGUGUAGGAGCAGUACCGCUAAAUCUGCUAGAUAACUGAGGGUAUGAAGACUGUAUGAACUCUGUUCUGCUCACCGGGCCAAGAUGGCUGAUGGACAGUGUAUGUAUAAUCCCUAAAUACUGUCAAUGUUAUCAACAUCUGCACAACAAUAGUAAAAAUACUUCACUAAC